UGCCGUGAACGCACCAGCUCCGUCAACAUGCUCCAGAGCGUCUCUCUCCUGUUUGUAGCCGCGGAGCGUCUCUGAAUCCCGGGUUGGCUCCUUCACGAUGCAGCGCUUCAACGAGCCGAGCUAGCCGGGCCGGCGGACCCUCCUUCCCCCGGUGGUCGUGCCCGCGAGUCGGCUCGCUAGCCCCGGAGCGAGUUGUUGUUAGCUGUUAGCACUUAGCCUGGCGAACAUGGCGAUCGUGUCCGGCUCCUGCGCCCGGGUGAACGGCUCCCGGAACGGACCCUCGUCCUCCUCCUCCUCCGGCUCCGCCGCGGCCGCCGGCCCGACGCCCUCCUCCGGCUCCGCGGGGCAGUCGCAGCCCAUGAUCGCGGUGUGGGAGUGGCAGGACGACCUGGGCUUCUGGCGGCCGUACAGCGGCCAGGUGAGCGGCCACAUCGAGCGGAGCCUGUCGCCGCGGGGCCACCGGGGAGCGGGACCCGGCUCCACCAGCAUCUGCCUCGGGCAGUCCGACCCCAGCCUGGCGCCCUACCUCAUCGACAUCCCGAGCCUGAAGCAGUUCCGCCAGGACACAGGAAAGACCCGGUCGGUUCGCCGCUCCCUGUUCGCCCAGUCCUCCGGCCUCGGCAGCGGCGUCUACUGGGAGUGGGCCAACGACGAGGGGGGGUGGACCCCCUACGAGACCCGGACCUCCAUCCUGCUGGAGCACAGCUACCAGGCUCGCCAGGGCACCGCCGACCUCGGGCCUCACGGGUACAACUACAUCGUGGACCUCACGUCUCUGGCCCAGGUGAACAAGGCCACCGGGUUCAGGCGGCAGGUGCGACGGCAGUGUAACCUCCCGUACCCGCUGGCCUCCAACGGCCCCCCGGCCAUCCCCUCGGCCCCCUCGGGACCCCCGGCCAUCCCCCCGGGGCCGGCGUGCUCCUGCCAGCAGUGCCUGAGCCACAGCAGCACGGGUCCCAUGCCCAGCCGCUCCCGACACUCCUUCUCCUCCGGGAGUCUGAACCGGCCCAGCCUCCAGGGGGCUGGGAGGGCUGUGCCCACCCACCCCACGUCUGUCUACUCCCCAUACCCCCGGAGACCCCUCUCUGUGGGGGCCAUGUCCUGGGGCAGCCCCUGGCCCCCCCCGCCCUCUGGUAGUCAACUGGCUGCACCGCACCUCACCAGCUCGGCCAGUGCUAACGGGUUAAGCGUCCCGUCCAUCUCUGUGCAGCUGAACGGAUCCACCAGCGUCAGCUCGGCCCUGGCAGCCUCGGCUCAGCGAUCUGAGGACGUGAUCCAGCGCUACAUGGAGGCGGUGGCCGGCGUCCCGGACGAGGAUUGCAUCAUCUGCAUGGACCAGCUGUCCAACCCGUCCGGCUACGAGACGCCGGCCGGAGACGCCGGCGGCCGCAGCAUCCUGCCGGACAACGUGGGCAAAUUCAUCAAGUGUGGCCACACGCUGCACAUGCUCUGCAUGCUCGCCAUGUACAACAACGGGACCAAGGACGGCAGCCUGCAGUGUCCCUCGUGUAAGACAAUCUACGGAGAGAAGACGGGGACGCAGCCCAAAGGAAAGAUGGAGAUCUACAGCAUCGCCCAGUCGCUGCCCGGCCACCCGGACUGUGGAACCAUCCAGAUCAUCUACAGCAUCCCCCCCGGUCUACAGGGGCCGGAGCAUCCGAACCCCGGGCAGCCGUUCAGCUGCAGAGGCUUCCCUCGCUUCUGCUUCAUCCCCGACAACGACAAAGGCCGGAAGGUGCUGGAGCUGCUGAAGAUGGCGUGGAUGCGGCGCCUGAUCUUCACCGUGGGCACGUCCAGCACCACGGGCGAGCCGGACACCGUGGUGUGGAACGGGAUCCACCACAAGACGGAGAUGAUGUCCAACCUGUCGGGCCACGGCUUCCCGGACCCCAACUACCUGGACAACGCUCUGUCUGAGCUGGCGUCCCAGGGCGUGACCGAGGCCUGCCUCAAGCCUCCAGGGGGCGCCGGCGGUGGCGGCGGCAGCUAGGCCACACCCCCCAGCUUCACACGCUUCCACUCAGAGCCGACCACAGACGUUACCCUCAGAAACCCACCUCCGGCCCGGUGGACCUUCCUCCACCUCCGUCAUUCAGUAGAAGUCAGCGUCUGCUCGGAUCUCGUUAAGUGAACGAAAGGGGGAGGAGCUUCUCUGUGGAAGGGGCGGAGCUGAGAUCCACAUUCCCACACAUCACAUAUUCCAGGAGACUGAACUCAAGAGAGAAACACGUCUUUUUCUCAACUUGUUUUUCCAUCAAGACUCAUUUGUGAAUCGGGGCCGUUUGAGGAAAACUCGAUUCUGAGAUGUCGACAAUAGAGGGAAAAUAUUACUGUCAACAAAAAGUCGGAAUGUUACGAGAAUUAAGUCGUAAUUUUAUCAUAAAACAAUAAUUUUCAGGUUGGUUCGAGAUUUUAAAUCAGAACGACUGAAACUCUUUGUUCUUUCUGGUUAUUUACUGAACAUUUGUCUUUAUCUAGAAAUAUUACGACUUUUCUCUUGUGUCAUUACAAUGUUAUUAACGCACUAUUAUGUCUUUGUUUUUAUUAUCAGACCUCUUAUUAUCCUAAUCAUGACUUUAACCUCCUAAUAUUACGACUUUGCUCUCGUAACAUUUUGACCUUGUUCUCGAAAUCCCACAAACUCGUGUUCUUCAUCUCGGGCCACGCCGCUCGCCAUCGUGUCCCAUCGUCCGGUUGCCAUGACAACGGCAGCUCUCUCUCUCUCUCUAAAAGCCUCAUGAAGCACUUUAGUUUUGACGUCAGUGCGUUUAGCCGAGUGACUGGUUUCCCGUCAAAGGGAAAGUGAACUGGUUUUAAAUUGGGAUGUUAUGCAAUUCAAGUGUUUUCCGCGGGAAACGUUUGUGUUUAGUUCGACGACACUGAACCUUCGUAGCAGAGCGAGUUUACACGAAACCCGGGGCAAUACCUUACUGUACAUACACAUACACAGGAGCGAAUGGAAAAUAUGUAAAACAAACAAACGGAGGAGGAGGAUAAAGUUGUAUAUUUUGAAACGCUAACUUCUGAUUUGAGGUCACAGUUCAUUCCCUGAUUGGACGAACAGACGUCCGGUUCCUCGUGGUUCCGACGUCACCGCGUCUGUCGGACGUUCUGCCGACGCUUGUUUGUCACUUAAUGUUUGUGUUGCCGUGUGAGAAGAGACGAGGUCACGUCGCGUUUCGCCCGAUGACCUGAAUCCUUUCCCCGACCCCCGAAACGGACGGGAUCGCCGAGAUUAGAAUGGAAAGUCUGGAGAAGAACGUUUUGUGACAAUCAAGGUCAUGGAACUCGUCCUGAUGGAACGAGACGCCCGGACUCGCCUCCUGAACUCACUUCACUCUUCAGCACAGUCGCUGGACUGGGUUUUGAAAUGUAAACAAGCAAAACUGAAAAAGUCUGCAAUAAAGAAAUGAAGCAAAAUGA